GCAUUCUGUACCGCUGCCAUUCUAUCCUGACGACUCCAAAGACACCGUCUGUGCAUGGUCUCGUCGUCGCACGCCCAGUCAUCAGCUUCGACGGUACGAUUGGCGGGUUCGGGCUCCGCGGCCAUCCACGUCCUCCUGCAUCCACGUCAGCCAACCGCCGUGCCAUCGGAGUGGUCCUUCAUCCACAGCAGCGAAGCGCCGCAUCAUCAACGUCGUCCGUCGGCAAGGUGCCCAUCAUCGACCUCCCACCACUCCUUCAUUCGCGUCGUCCACGUGGUCCUUCGUCCACGUGAGCCAAGCGCCGCAGCUGUUUGGAUUCGGCACACACUUCUUAUUUGUCUACUUGAGGACGACAUGGCACCGCGCGACGCUUCAGGGAAGGGGAAGAGAAACGGCGGAUCGGGCGACAGUGAGGAGAGCCAAAAAGGCAGAGGGCACGUGCCGAAGUCGAAAAGGCCGCGCUUCGAUGACAAAAGCUCCGAACAUACUGGGGAUGUGCAGGGCGAGGAAGUGUCGAUGGUGGAUGCACAAGGGGCAGACGUCAUGAAUCAUUUGGGGUUUGGGCGGGACGGGGUGUCGAGGGAGCAGCCGGCUGCUCUGAAGCGAAGUUUGGUCGGUGGUGUCGCCGUGACGUUGGCACGAACCCCUAAGGCGGCAGGGAUUGCCAUGACGGACGCGUGCGUGGCGAGACAAGUUCCGCCAAAGGUCGGGCAGGUGCAGCCGCGUCAGCCACUCCCCGCGCUACAACAGGCGGGGACUUCACGGGUGGAAAAAACACUGUCUGCGCAAAAGGUUGACACGACGGCGGGCAGUGGUCGAACAGCGGCAGCGGAUCACACCACCGGGAGCGGAGUCGUGGAAGCUGCGGAAGAGGGGAGGGUCGAUGAGGUCCGCCGCGAUGAUGGGAGGAAGGAUGGCAGGGGGGGGGGCGAUGAUGACGACGUCCGCCCGGUUUCGACGAUGGUGAAGAAAGUGAUUAAACCUCAAAGACAGGUCGAAGUUGUGGAUCGACUGCGAUGCAUUCUGGGGUCAGGGACCGGGGAAGCCGUUAAGGGAGGUGGUAGGCAAUUGCAUGGACUACUUCGUGGCCAUCGCGAACGGAGAUGCAGGAGCAGAAUCGCCUUCGAUGCUGGUGAUGCCGCCGAAUGAUGUGCCGCGCUUCAAGAUGGAGGACCCUGCGCAACGUGAACCGGCUCUGCGCAGAGCGCG